CAGCAAACACUUACAGUCGAAGAGUAGGGUAAAACAACAUGCUCAGACGCCGAUUCACAAUACAAAAGUAAGAUCAUGGCGACAACUCUCCAGCAGCAACUGGCUGCUAUUAACGCGAACACCACCAAUACACUUGACCUCAAAGCGCAGCGGACGGCUCAUGGAAAAUCAUUGCUGUUCGAUCCGAAAAUCGCAGUGUCGCAGGACUUUGAUACGAUCUUUCAGAUUUGUGUAGAAGGGUUUAAAGAGCUAUGCUCUAUCGACAAUGCUUUCGCCUCAUUCUCGAAGAAUCUCUUCAGCGAUCAGAGCAAGACCGAGGACAGGAUGCAGAUGACUGCAGAGGAGAAUAGGAAUUUGGACAACGUUAUCGAAAGCUUCCUUGGUCAGGUCAGCGGCAGACUUCUGCUUAAACCUGCACUGAAAGCUGUAGAGUGGUUAGUGCGGAGGUUUCGAAUACACGAACACAACAUAGAGUAUACUUUGACAACUUUCCUCCCAUACCACGAGACUCCCAUUUUCCAGACGCUCCUAUCGAUAAUACCACGCCACCUGCCGCAUUCGUAUAGAUUCCUACAACCCUAUCUUGCUUCGUAUCAGAAUCCACCGCGAACGGCAAUCACAUCAGCUGCAACGACCAAUAGGCCCCUGUUCUCAGCUAUAAAUAGCUACACUCUCAAAUUGGUACGGGAGCAUCAGCAGUCUCCGAUCUUGUUAUCAUUCUGGGCGAGUCUGGCGACCCAAGCUCUAGAUAGCAUGGUUACGAUGGCGCGCUCUGGGCGAGGAGUUGUGCAGCGACAGAAAGAGGAGGACAUAUUAAUGUUUAUUCUUCCAGUUCUCAAUGAGGGAUUGUCUUUUAAGCACUGCCAGGAAAUGAUGGUAGCGUGCUAUAUGGUAAUCAUGGUCUUCGUGUCCAAGACCAUUCUUGAGGAUAGGGUUUUGGAUGGUAUGCUGGAAGCUGCUAUGAGUAGUCACCAGGACGCAAUCGAGGACAGCUGCCUCGUUUGUCUUGCAGUGAUCGCACAAGAACGAAAAGCAACGAGACUUCCCAAGAAAGUGCUCAAACGAUCUCUCAAGAUUGCGAAUCUAGAUCUGAAGUUAGCCGCUGUGUCCCAACAAUGUCGAGUCGACCGACUCUCUCUCGGUGUCAUCCUCGGUAUCCUUGAAAAACCAGCUAAUCUUGAUGAAGCUCGAAUCGAGCUUGUGGGUAAUCUGAUCAGUCGCGGUCUAAUUGUAGACAAUCACCUCAAACCCAUACUCAAAGCUGUCGUUCGCCUUGCAUCGAAGGACCCCGCCUACUCGCCUGCCAUUGGACAUUCUCUUGCGUCGAUGCUCAACCAGAUAUCGAAUACAGCCGGUCCGAAACUUAUUCAGUCAAUAUUAGACGGGGAAAGCACGGAUGUGGAUACAUUGGAACUAAAGCUCGGACAAGUCUUAUCCAUCUCGACCGGAUUACAGGAUGUGAAUAUGGGUGACGUGGAUAUGACGGAAGAGGACGGAGCAGAUACUCGUGAGGGUCAACUUAAUAUUCUGUUGGGCAUGCUUCAAAAUGCGGAACCGGAGACGCUACCAACAGCUCUCAUAGAAGUCGUCGGGAUGCCAUUGUUCAAGGAAUUUGCUCGCGCUUACGUUUUAGCAGUCGCUAUCAGGAAAACACCAGAUGUGAUCAUGUCACUCCCAUGCCUUGCGUCUUAUCAGGACAAAGAAAACGAGUUCAUGAACGCUCUGCUACUACACAUGACCUCAACACAGUACCCUGCAGUGGUCCGAGGUUCGGCCUGGACGCAAAUCACUAAGUGUCUUAAUACUAUGGCCGGCCGAGCUGACCCUCAGAUUCUCAUACCAUACUUGCUGAAUGCGUUGGCCGAUGAAUCACCAACUGUCCGUCGAUCGGCCUCAGAAGCCACGAUCGCUUUUGAGAAAGCGCUCAAGCUUGCAAAAAAGAAUAAUGGCGUCAAGUUUUGGGGGACCAGUAUAUAUCCAGACGGCAAAGCUGGACUGGAAUGGUUGUUAUUGGACGAUGCAUUAAAGGUUGCAAGCUUAGUUCUGACACCAUACCUGGAAGAAUGUAUUCUUGAUGAAGCUCGCAUUCGGCAAUUGAUCAAAUUGGCACUGUCUGGCAAGGACAAGACAGAAAUGAAAGCGGAAACGACAAUAGAACUCAAAUCUGCGCUCCGCACUUCCCUGGCGAAUUUUCUUGCCAGCCAUGCUACAAAAUCUCCGUUAAGAGUGCGGAUCAAUGUUUAUGACAUGAUCCACUCGAUCGGGAAAUCUGCCGCUUACGCCCGCUCGAAGUAUCUCAUCCCUUCUGCGCGCAGCUGGUUUAGCUUGAAGGAGAAGACGGCACGUCAGCUCGCUACACAAGAGCAUCUGGACCUCCGAAAGGUUGACGAGCAACAUUUGACUGUGAUACAUCCUCGUGAUAAUGGGGCGAUGCAAUUGCUGCGAUCAAUUUUAUCGGGAGAUGCACUCAAAGCAAGAGCAGAAACGUUGGAGAGAGCUUUUGAACGAGUCAAGGAGCUUUGGCCCCAGAUGAAGGCUUCUGCGAGAGAUGCAAUGGCGACCUUUCUUCUAGAUCUCAGUCUCAAGUCUUCCAAUGAGUCAAGUCAGAUCAACUCAUCCGGAGCUGCUCUUGAAAUCAUACGGGCGGUGCCACUUCCAGUUCAUACCUUAGUGGGCCUCUUGGAAAGUAUCCCUCCGUGCACUGGCCACGAAUACAAGAUAGUAGGCCAACCUUCGGAGGACGUAGGUUCGCCCAACCAGGUAGCCAGAAAGCGUCGUCAAGAGCCCAGUGGAUCCCCAGAGGCAAUGAAAAGGCAAAAACUUUCAGAUUCGCGACCGUUGCCUGCCGACCAGCUUAGCAUAAACUUGAGACGUGUCACUAUCAUACUGGAGAUAGUCGACAAUUCCAAACAAGAAGGCCAUGUCGAGUUACUCAAGGGCUUGUUCUACGUCCUUGGUGAGCUUCAGCAUUACCGAACAGUCUCAAACUCGAACAUGGUCUAUCUACAGAAUUUAAACAUUGGGUCAUUGCUAUCAAUAGUCAACGCAGCCAAGGGAACAUCCCCAUCCGGGUUUGACCCUUCUGUCAUCAGGGCCGACUUACUGGUCGACUGUGUGCGCCGCACCAAUGGCCCCCAGGUCCAAAAUGCAGCUUUACUACUCAUCUCUAGCUUGGCCUCGUGGCUUCCUGAGACGGUUCUUCAUAGCGUUAUGCCAAUAUUUACUUUCAUGGGGUCGACGUUACUUCGACAGGGCGAUGACUACACGGCCCACGUUAUUGAUCAGACUGUUCGGUGUAUUGUCCCUCCCUUGGCUGCUUCUCUCCGCAAGAAAAACCGCAAUUUCGUUUUGGGAAUAGCUGAGCUACUAUUGAGCUUCACAGCAGCUUUCGAGCAUAUCCCAUCCCAUCGUCGUCUUAAUCUUUUCAGUCAGCUUAUUGAGACCCUUGGGCCGGAUGAUGCACUUGCGCCUACCCUGACUCUCCUGUUCGACCGACAUCCGGUCGAUACUACCGUGCAACGAUUUAUACCUGAGUUGCUACGUCUCUUUGAUCCUUUGAUUGCCAUGAACGCGCUAAAACAAUCAUUGGAUAUACUCGAGGACGCCAUGAAACCAAAAACAAAGAGACAGCUAGGAGAUGCAUUAUUUAAUCUCAAUGAGAAGAGUCCUCAAGAGUCUACCAAAACAUUCGAAAAUCUCCUUCUGAACAUUGGCAGGUCAGCGGACAACACGAGCCUUCGCGGGCCUCUUGCCAAAGCUUUCAAAGAUGGUGGAGACCACGAGAAAGCCGUAAGGAAAGCCACGAUUACUCUGAUUGAAAAAGCUAUUGCAAUUUCAUCAACACUUGCGUCACAGAAAGAUAUGCUUUCCAUAUCUCGACAGGUCAUUCUCGCAACUUUGAAUCUACCACCUCCAAUCGAACUCGUAAGAAUUGCGCAAGAACUACUUUCUCGAUCAGAUGAAGAUAUCAAGCGAACCGCCUUGAAAGCUAUUCAAACACGAGCAAAAGCAGUGAAACACAAGGACCUGCGAGCUGUCCGGGAAUACAUAGCUUUUCUACCACAAGUACUUCGGAUUUUGGAUGAUUCAAGCAAUCUUACACUAAAAGAGCUAGCCAUAGCUUGUGUUGAUCAGAUAUCAACAUCAUUCGGGAAGAAAGACAGCGAUGCAAUCUUGAGCACGGGACGAACAAUUCUGGGAUCUCAAAUACUGAAGUCAAGCAACGUGCGCCUUAAGAUUAUCGCAUUACAUUGCUUGUCGUCGAUCGUUGAGGUACUUGGAAACUCUUUUAUUCCUUUGGUUCCGGCAACUUUAUCCAUUGCGUUUGAUCAGCUCCGUGAGGGCUUAACCUCAAAUUCAUCGCUCCAAAAUGCUGCAUACGGUCUCAUUUGCGCAGUGGUUGAGCAUCUGCCCUUCAUCUUCAUCGGCGAUUACAUUAAAGCAGCGCUAGAGCUCUCACAUAGAUCUGCAGCAAGCGAUGAAGGAGAGGAGGAGACAGAACAGUGGCGCCGUCAAUUCUAUCUACUGCUGAGCACAGUAGUUGAACCAAAGGAACGGUUUCAGGCUCUGAACCAAACUUGGCCUAGCGCCGUCAAUUCAGGAUACCUGGGCCUACUAGAACAUAUUAAGGCACUAGAUAUGUCACUUAAAAACAGCACGAAGUCAGUCGUUUUGAAGAACAGCGAGGCUUUGUUUCAGGCUUUGCUUCAAGGGUUUGACCUGCGAAACACGAAUGCGACAGCUUCAGAGAAACGCAAACUUGAUGAGGAAGAAGUCGAAGCUAUUGAGCGUUUCAUUACUGAUGCUACCAUCUCUAUGGUCCUGAAACUUAACGAUGCCACGUUUCGACCCUUCUUCUCCCGUUUCGCUGCUUGGGCGCAAACGGAUCUGUCCAGUAAGGACCAGUCAGGCCGUAUGCGCCGGUCAAUCAGCUUCUAUAGCUUCUUGAUCAUCUUCUUCGAUCGCUUGAGAUCGAUUGUCACAAAUUAUUCUGGCUCAGUCCUAGACCAUUCUGCACAUAUCUUGAUAAACCCUGUCUCCGGACCAGAAGGUGAGAAGCUGACUGGAAACGUUCUGCGAGCGCUCCAGAAGAGCUUCGAACACGACGAAGAUGAUUUUUGGCAAUCCCCGUCACAUUUCACCGCUCUAGCAGGCCCUAUCACGGGCCUUUUAGCUAAGACUCUGCCGACGAAAGUUUCUGCCCUCAUUAUUCCCACUGUAACGGCUCUAGCAAGUGCCGCAUCGUCAGCAGACCUGCUCAAGGAACUGAACUCGUUCAUCAUGCAGAUGUUCCGCUCAGACAAUCCAGCAAUCCGUCUUGCUGCAGUCAGGUGUGAACAAUGUUUGACCGAGACUCUUGGAGAAGAUUGGCUGGGUCUAUUAGCAGAGAUGAUACCUUUCAUUGCCGAAUUACAAGAAGAUGAUGAUGAGGAUGUGGAAAAAGAGACACAGAGAUGGAUUAAGAUGAUCGAGGAGACUUUGGGGGAAAGCCUUGAUAGUAUGUUACAGUAAAGCCGGUCAGCUCUGCUUGCGUGAUCAUGUACGCUUCUAGAUCAGUUAGCACCGUUUAAGAAUAACGACUAUACACCAUAGAUA